AUGGAAGGAAGGAAACAAGGAGAUGUCAGAAUCUAUAUUGUCUCAACCCUUUUCUUUGCCUGCAUUGUUGCAGGCGGCGUAUUCCUAUGCCUUUACAUGUUCCGGCCUGAAGAGGAAUCUGCACCCUGGUAUCCAGUUGCAGGGAUCAUUCUCGUAGGCAUUCCCUGGAUCUUUUGGAUUGGUGCUUAUGUAUACAGGUGUUGUGCAUAUAGCUGUUGUCAAAACGGUGGAGGAAAUGUUAACAGGGCACAUAUCAGUUCAGCAAAAACACAGACUUAUGCAGCUCCAGGACCUGCAGCCAGAUCAAUGAAUUCAUCGGAAUACGAAGAUUCGCCAUUGAGAUCGCCUAAUGGUGAUCAUCGUCAUGUUCAUUUCGGAGAGGUUAUUGUGAUGGGAAGUGCCAAGAACCAUCAGAAUGACAAUGGUGAUGAAAAUCCGCGUGAAGGUGCAAAAGGGUAUUCUGAAACAGAACAGGAAGGUAAAGAACAUUCUGAGGAUAACACUGCAUCGGAUAAGGAUUAUGUGUCAGCUGCAUCUAGGAAAGGGGAGACACCACUAAUCGUAACAGUUUCAUCCUGA